GACCCGUGUUUCCCCAGAGCUUCCCCCAGGCAGGGGAGAUGCUCCAGUGCCUGCUUUUGGAAGGAGAGGAAGGGACAGACUCGGAAGAGGGAGAGGACAGUUCCAUAGAAGACUCAAAAGAAAUCGUCACCCUGGCUUUUGUGAAAGAGAACACUGGGGCUCAAAAUGGGCUUCAGCAUGCCCAGCAGCAAGGCAAGAAGAAGAGGAAGAAAAAGAGGUUAGGACUGAAAGAUGAGGAGUGGGGAUCCAUGUUGGUAAGAGCAGGAGGGACCUGGAGCGGGGCGGGCCUCGGCUGCUAAGGAGUGGGUAAAGGAGAAACUGUGCGGAGUAAAAAUCACACCACUUUUGGUUCAUAUAAAAAGAACCCACUUUUGAUCAUCUGUUUUAUAGAAUCAAAUAAUGGUGUGUAAUAUAAAACCGUGCCCGUCCUAAUCUUCAUUCUAUUUGUGUUUAGAAUCCCUUUAAAAAAUUGUGUGGGGAGAGACGAUGGAUUUCCUUGUUUUAAGAAAGUACUUAAAGUACUUGUAACAGAAUCACGCCGACUUCUUAGGAUCUGACCGCAGCUUCCACAUUCUAGUUCUUCUUUAAUAUCUUGCCAUACCUUUUGCUCCAUUCUGGAGGGGGAGUGAAUUCCUCCUCAGACUGAUUGAUGUCUGAAAGCUUGUCUGCUUUCUAACUCACAGCUUCCCUUAAUGGGGGGGAAAGAGGAGGGAGGCCAUGAAGUAUUUUGGCCAAAAAGAUAUUCACUUCCCGUUCCCGAUGGGCCACUGGAGUAAAAGGAUUGAGGAGGCGAUGAUGUUAAUAUGAAGCUUCAAGCAAAAUCAGCUAUAAUCACAAUACAGAAUUUCUAGCUCGUGGGCAGAGUAACAGUACUCUGAACCCAUGUUUUCUGUCACUCUGCAACCCUGGGGAUUUGUGUCCUCAGUAACAGGGAUGGUCAAACCGGGCUUAGCGGGACCACUUAGGUAUCAGGCAGCUCCACGUGGGACACGAUGUUUCUACGUGCAGCCCCUUGUUCUGGCAUGUGUGUCUGUCUCUGUCUUGGUGUUUUCCCCUUUCUCUUUUCCAGAUGAUUGGUGAUCAAUCUAUCCAGCUGCCGAUAUGAGAGUGUGCGUAGGGCUGCCCAACAGUAUGGCCUUCGAGAGGGAGGGGAAAACGACGACUGGACUCUCUACUGGACUGACUACUCGGUGUCGCUGGGGCGGGUGAUGGAAAUCAAAAGUUACCAGAAAAUCAAUCACUUCCCAGGGAUGACUGAAAUCUGCCGCAAGGACUUGCUGGCCAGGAAUAUGAGCCGCAUGUUAAAGAUAUUCCCAAAAGAUUUCCACUUUUUCCCUAGGACCUGGUGUCUUCCUGCUGACUGGGGAGAUUUGCAGAACUACAGCAGGUCAAGAAAAAAUAAGGUGUACAUCUGUAAGCCGGAUUCGGGCUGCCAGGGCAGAGGUAUAUUCAUCACCCGGACAGUGAAAGAAAUCAAACCAGGGGAGGAUAUGAUCUGUCAACUCUAUAUCUCAAAGCCCUUUAUCAUCGACGGGUUCAAGUUUGACCUGCGGAUUUACGUGCUCAUGACAUCCUGUGACCCUCUCAGGAUUUUUGUGUACAAUGAAGGACUGGCGCGCUUCGCCACCACCUCCUACUCCCGCCCCUGCCCAGACAACCUGGACGAUAUCUGCAUGCACCUGACUAAUUAUUCCAUUAAUAAGCACAGUUCCAAUUUCCUUCGAGAUGCUCACUCUGGCAGCAAGAGGAAGCUCUCCACCUUCAACGUGUACAUGGAGAGCCACGGCUACAACGUGGGGCAGAUCUGGAGAGAGAUCGAGGACAUCAUCAUCAAGACGCUCAUCUCUGCUCACCCCAUGAUCAAGCAUAACUACCACGCCUGCUUCCGCAAUCACACACUCAACAGCGCCUGCUUUGAAAUCCUGGGCUUCGACAUUUUGCUGGAUCACAAACUCAAGCCCUGGCUGCUGGAGGUCAACCACUCUCCGAGCUUCUCCACUGACUCCUGGUUGGAUAAAGAGGUAAAGGACAGUCUGCUGUAUGACACUUUGGUCCUGAUCAACCUGAGAAGCUGUGACAAAAAGAAAGUCUUGGAGGAGGAGAGACAACGGGCGCAGUUCCUGCAGCAGUGUCGUUCUCGGGAGACCAGGAAGGAGGAAGUCAAGGGCUUUCAGGCCGUGCUUCUAGAGAAAACUGAGAAGUAUGAAAAGGAAAACUGCGGAGGCUUCCGCCUGAUUUAUCCCAGUGUGAAUUCGGAGAAGUAUGAGAAGUUUUUCCAGGACAACAACUCCCUCUUCCAGAAUACAGUUGCCUCCAGGGCUCGGGAGAUGUAUGCCCGGCAGCUGAUCCAGGAGCUGAGACUGAAACAGGAGAAAAUAUCCUUCCAAACUAAAGAUAAGAGGGUGGAAAUGCAGGGGGAAUCAGCAGGCGAGCGAGCGAGAGGCAAGAGCACGCAGCACUGGCGACAGAAACAAAGGCAGGAGUCCAAGACCGCCACCAGCCCGGCCUCCAAACAAUACCUCCAGCCAUUGACAUUAGAGUCCUGCACACCCGACUUGCUGUCGAGCAUCAGAGACACAAAGAAAAAUGAGACAGACAGCAGCCUCGAGCAGGAGGCCCCCAGGGAGGAGGCUGGCCCUGCUCCCCAUAAGCCUACAUCUGCGAGGCCUUACAGCUCUAUUACUGACUUGAGGAAUUCAAGCCUCCUCAGCUGCUCCAGGCCAGAGCUCAGUAAACCCGUCUCCGGAAUCAAGGAAGCCAAAUCCACCUCUGCAGUGAACACAGUCACCAGCACUGUGCCUCUAACCUCAGUAGAAACCUUCCCAGAAUUCACCACCCAGGUCUCAGACACCCCCCAGUCUCUGCUAGGGGUGACCAUGGAGACCAGCUCUGAGUGCAGUAGCUCAGAGAUGGACAGGGGGGCCUCCUUCAAAUGCAAGCAGCAGCAGAUGCCUUGGCACCUCAUCCAGGAAAAAUUAUCAAACAAUUCUCUGCCUACGAAAUCCCAGAGCUUCUCAAGGAGUCUGAACCCAAGCUGGACUUUGCUAAAGAAUGGCAUGAAGAAGCAGCAUCCCGUGUCAGAGCUGUUCGCCAGGGUUCCACUGAGGGAGAAGCUGUCCUUGUUCCCAGGUCACUACAGCCCAAAGCUGGUGCUGAGUGACAAGUCACAAAACCCCUCCCUGCCCCGGGAGUGCUGCUUCUGCGGCCGAAGCUCUGGCGAGAAGAAGCAGCUGGAUGUGCCCUCCCUCCUCCUCUUGCAGAAUUCUCACAGCCAUGCUGUUUCCCUGAAGGACCUGCUGGUGGUUGCCACUGCAGCCCGACUGGAUCCGAGGCCUGGCAGAAGCCAUACAGGUGCUGUGCGAGACCGGUGUACACAGGAUCAGGAAGCGUACAGCCACUGCCUGACCUCUGGCCGAAGAGGAUGUGAGAGGAACUAGAAUCAGACUGGAUCUCUGCCACUGUGUCCCUUUCCUCCUCUUACUCCCAGGAAAUGAUUUGUUUCUUCCUACAGUGUCUACAAUGCCCAUAGAAGCAACUGAGUUUUAUUUCCUCAUCUAGACAUCCUGGUCUUAUGACUACCACCCAUUAGCACCCUGAGGCUAAUAGCCUUGACUUUUGUGCCCCCCCACCACCCCACCCCCCCCGUUAGCUUACAGUGCUGGAGGACCAUGACUUCUGGGAGUUACUGGUGCUGCCCAGGACACACCCCAGUUGCCCCACUAGUGACAUUCCUGUGGGUCCCGCAUAGAGCACUGUCAUCCAGAACACUCCCAAGGACAGAGCAACACGAAGGGAGGAGAGCUGCAGAGAAGGACUCACAAUUUCCAGGAGCCCAAAGCCCUCAGGGCACCAACAGGCCAGUGUCAGUUUGUCUUCAACUCCAGAGAGAAAAGACAGAAGGCUAAGCUUGAUGGAGAACUCUGAGCCCUGAGUAAGGGAGUUGAGGCGGUUGUAACUUCAUCAGGUAAAGCCCAGACCUCCUCCUAUGCCAGCACCUCAGUGUGCAAACAUCUUCUGCCUAUCUCCCUUACCAGCCUAACUCAAAUUGCUGAUGAAGACAGAGGUGAGGUGAGAGUACCCUGUCUGCAGGUGUUUCUCCCACUGACCUGCAGGAAUGAUGCAUCUUCCCCUCGAGUGUGCGUUAAUCAAAUAAACUGCCAUGCUCCAUGCCAGGAUAAGCCGCCUGAGCCCG